AUGGAAGGGAAUUCGGGUGGCGUAGGAGGAGGAGGAGCAGUAGCAGUAGCAGGAGUAGGAGCAGGAGGAGCAACGACAGUAGGAGGUGGAGCUGGAGGCGGAGGUAAUGACGUGGAGCUUCUGUGUAAGACGCUGCAGGUUGAGCACAAGCUCUUCUACUUCGAUCUCAAAGAGAACCCUCGCGGCCGCUAUCUCAAAAUUUCCGAGAAGACGUCAGCCACCAGGUCCACCAUCAUCGUUCCCUUCUCCGGUAUCUCCUGGUUCCUCGAUCUCUUCAAUUACUAUGUCAAUUCAGACGAUCAGGAUGUGUUCAGCAAGGAAUUGCAGCUAGACACCAAGGUCUUCUACUUUGACAUUGGCGAGAACCGCAGGGGCCGUUUCUUGAAGGUAUCCGAAGCUUCUGUUAGUAGAAAUCGCAGUACUAUCAUUGUUCCUGCAGGAAGCGCCCGGGAUGAAGGGUGGGCAGCAUUUAGAAACAUUUUGGCAGAGAUCAAUGAAGCAUCUAGACUUUUUAUACUGCCCAAUCAGCAAAGUUCUGAACCUUCAGAGCGUCUUGUUGGACUUUCAGAUGAUGUAGGCGCUGGCUUCAUAUCUGGCCACAGUAGUCAAACUGCUCCAACUUCUGAACUGAAUGUUGACAGAUCUGCAGAGUUGCCUGCACAGGAUGAAAUUGGUAACAUGGGGGUAUCUAAAGUGAUCAGAGCUGAUCAAAAAAGGUUCUUCUUUGAUCUUGGGAGUAAUAACAGGGGCCAUUUCCUAAGAAUAUCAGAGGUUGCAGGUUCUGAUCGCUCCUCCAUAAUUCUCCCGCUGUCAGGGCUCAAGCAGUUCCAUGAAAUAGUAGGUCACUUUGUGGAGAUAACCAAAGACCGAAUUGAAGGAAUGACAGGUGCAAAUGUUCGGACUGUGGAUUCCCCCCAGAGGUAA